CUGAAAGGGUCCGGCCGCGGCUGCGAGGCCCGGCUCAGGUCUGUGGGUCUAGGGCCUGGAGUGCGAGGCACCCGUGCAGGAGAGGGAGGGGCAGGGGGGUGCCUUAGUACUGCCCUUUUUUUGCAUUCAGGAGAUGGCCUAGCUGCGCUUUAGAGAGGUUUGCAUUAGCUCCGAGCCUGUCUGACAAGUGAGGACACUGAGGCCGAGAAGUGGGAGGCUUUGCCAUCUGCUGGGCCACGCCACCUGCUAAGGGGAAGCUGGGGACCAAGACCUCGGGGUCUGCGCUCCCAGGCCCGCUUGAAUCCGUGGGCGUGAGGAGCAAGGGCCCUGCUCCUUUCUUUCCCUGCGGGAGGCUGCAGCAGGCUCCCUGGGGGAGGAGCUCGGGACGCAGAGGAGGAGCCAAGGCAACCCCAGGAGCUGGGACGCAAUCCUCUGGGAUAAGAGGCAGAGCCCAGGAGGAACCCCGUCAGCCAGGCGGGCAGAAAGCUCCGGGCGCAGCCUCAUGGAAGACAAGCAGAUCCUGUGCGUGGGGCUGGUGGUGCUGGACGUCAUCAAUGUAGUGGACAAGUACCCGGAGGAGGACACGGACAGCAGGUGCUUGUUUUGCAGGUGCUUGUCCCAAAGAUGGCAGCGCGGAGGGAAUGCAUCCAAUUCCUGCACUGUCCUGUCCCUCCUCGGAGCCCCCUGUGCCUUCAUGGGCUCGCUGGCCCCGGGCCACGUUGCUGAUUUUGUCCUGGAUGACCUCCGCCGCUAUUCUGUGGACCUCCGCUACACAGUCUCUCAGACCACGGGCUCUGUCCCCAUCUCCACGGUCAUCAUCAGCGAGGCCACUGGUAGCCGCACCAUCCUGCAUGCCUACAGCUUCCUGGUGGCUGACUUCAGGCAGCGGGGCGUGGAUGUGUCCCAGGUGGCCUGGCAGAGCAGAGGGGAAACCCCGUGCUCUUGCUGCAUCGUCAACAACUCCAAUGGCUCCCGCACCAUUGUGCUCUACGACACGAACCUGCCAGAUGUGUCUGCUACAGACUUUGAAAAGGUUGACCUGACCCGGUUCAAGUGGAUCCACAUUGAGGGCCGGAACGCGUCGGAGCAGGUGAAGAUGCUGCGGCGGAUAGAACAGCACAACGCCUCGCAGCCUCCGGCCCAGAAGAUCCGCGUGUCUGUGGAGGUGGAGAAGCCCCGGGAGGAGCUGUUCCAACUGUUUGGCUAUGGAGAUGUGGUGUUUGUCAGCAAAGAUGUGGCCAAGCACCUGGGGUUCCGGUCAGCGGGGGAGGCCCUGAGGGGCUUGUACAGGCGUGUGAGGAAAGGGGCGGUGCUUGUCUGCGCCUGGGCUGAGGAGGGCGCCGAUGCCCUGGGCCCCGAUGGACGGCUGCUGCACUCCGACGCCUUCCCUCCGCCCCGGGUGGUGGAUACUCUGGGGGCCGGAGACACCUUCAACGCCUCAGUCAUUUUCAGCCUGUCCCAGGGGCACAGUAUGCAGGAGGCGCUGCGGUUCGGCUGCCAGGUGGCCGGCAAGAAGUGUGGCCUGCAGGGCUUUGACGGCAUCGUGUGACCGCCCUGGGGCGGGGGGCCCUGGCUCAGAGCACCCCCUUCUUGGAGGCUGGCGCCUUCCCAGCCACCACUGCCUUCUACCCCGCUCCAGGCAGCCCGGCAUCUGCGCAGCACGCCCCCUGGGCAGAUGCAGGCUUGGGGGGCGGGGCAGGGUGGGGGGACGGGGCGUGCUCUGCCUGUGUCCUCGUGUCUCUGCUGAGCCACAGAGCAAAUAAACCUCCCACCCCAGGGCCCACUUCCUUC